UUCUAAAAUGUCAUGUCAUGUGGUUUGUGAAUUGGCUGCUGCUCUUGUUCUUCUCGGCCCCUCCAUCCUUUGCUCUAGGUGUAGAAGCUGCUGAUUCAUCUCCUGCGCAUUGAUGCUGUUCGCUUUUCCUUGCGCAAGAUGGAAGGUCUUUCAGAAUCUGCUCCCUUGGGUAGCUCUUCUGAGGAUUUGCACGUGGGUUCUGAAGCUGGGAUGAUUACGGGGCCUGCAGGAGGUCAAGCUGUCCUGGCUAUCGCGUCUGUAGAACUGGUAGACGAAGCCGUGGCUGUUUCAGGUGGGCAACAGCCAGAAAAACCUCACGAAAUUGACAUGCCGAACUCGCCGCCGAAAUCCGACUCUGAGAUGGUUAAGUUUUUGGAAACUGCUGAACGGAAGGAGACUAAUGACCAGCUGCGGGAUGAGGUGCUUGAUGUGAUGGACGAACCACCUCCGAGGCCUGCUAAGCGGCCUCGCCCAGCUCCCGAAAACGCAGAAGUGGACGGUAUUGUCCAGGGGAUUCGUAACAUUCUUUUCAACCUAAGGUAUGAGGACAAUGCGCGCGUGAGCGAGGAGGACGAGAAGACCAUGCGCAGACUUCUUCAGCAUCACCCGAAGAGCGAAGAGAAAAUAGGUUGCGGCAUUGAUUACAUCAAGAUAAACCGGCACUCCACUUUUAAUAAAGUUCGCUGUUUCUGGAUUGUCCGCACCGACGGCACUGAAACGGACUUCUCGUACCACAAGUGUGUCAAGGCGAAGAUCGCCAUCGAGUAUCCUAACUUCGUCGAUAGCUACGAUGCCGUUCAUAGAGGGAAGUCGAUACACCAAGCUUGAACUCGGCAACUCGGCAAGAAUAUGAAGCAACUAAAGCUUUGAAAUGUUGAGAACAUUGUGCACAUGCACAUUCUGGGCAUUUUGAAAACACAUCAUUAUCGUCAUUGCUUGGAUUGUAUGCUUUGGAGCAACUGUUCUGCAGUAUUCAAGAACUUGAGUUGUCGAAAUUCACUAGAACCGGAAUUUUUGUGUCGAAAUGAUCCUACUUAAGAGUAUCAAUCCUGUUGUUCAAGGACAUGGCGAGUAAAUUUCAAACAGCCACAAUUGUGCAGAAUCUUCAGGACAAGCUCCACGCUAGUGAAGUUUGUUUCUAUGUACUCAAUCCGAUGUGCCUACACAAAUCAGUUAUCUUCAACACCCUUUACGUGACUACA